AUGGAUCUAAAAGCUCCCCUUUUGCUGCUGCUGGCUGCUGCUGCUGCUGCUGCUGCUGCUGCAGCACCCGCAGCCUUCAACUUCAGCACCAUGGCCUUCGAAGACGCCGACAGCGCAGCAGCAGCAGCAGCAGCAACAGCACUCCCUGCUGCUGUUUGGGGGCCCCCCCGGGGGGCCCCAACUGCGCCAGAAGUGCUGGCAGCAGAACAAUUCAACAAAAAAGAUUUUUUUAAAAUUGCUGCUGCUGCUUCUCUUCUUCUCCUCGCCCUCUUCGCCCUCUCCGCCAAAAAGAAAAAGGCCGUCGCACAGAGUUUUGAACAAUUUAUGGAGUUGCAGCAGCAGCAGCAGCAGCGCAAGAGGCAGCAGCCGCAGCGCAGGAAGCAGCAGCUGCGCAGACAGCAGCAGCAGCGCAGACAGCAGAAGCAGCAGCGCAGACAGCAGCAGCAGCAGCAGCAGCAGUCGCAGCAACAGCAACAACGGCAGCAGCAGCAGCAAUUACAACUUUGUUUUUAG